AGGGAGGAGGUGGAGGAGGAGGCGGUGGCGAGCUGGCCAUGGCAGCAGCCCGCGGGCGGACAGGCAGCCGCCGCGGGCUGCCGCUGUGAUUGGCACCCCGAGGAGGAGGAGGAGGAAGAAGGCGCGGAGCAGCCGCGGGGCCCGCCAUCCCGCGGCGGCGGUGCCCGGGAGGAUGCCGGGGAAGCGGGGCUCGGCGGGCGGCGGCGGCGGCAGCGAGCUCCCGGGGGCCGGCGCGCCGCGGCAGCGGAGGCGGCGGAGGAAGGUCUCCUGCUUCUCCAGCAUCCAGCUCUUCCUGGUGUCCGAGUGCGCCCUGAUGCUGGCCCAGGGCACGGUGGGGGCCUACCUGGUGAGUGUUUUAACCACCUUGGAGCGGCGAUUCAACCUUCAGAGUGCUGAUGUGGGAGUCAUUGCCAGCAGCUUCGAGAUUGGCAACCUGGCCCUCAUCCUCUUCGUGAGCUACUUUGGAGCCCGAGGACACCGGCCACGCUUGAUAGGAUGUGGAGGGAUAGUCAUGGCCUUGGGUGCCCUCCUUUCCGCGUUGCCUGAAUUUCUGACCCAUCAGUACGAGUAUGAAUCGGGAGAAAUACGCUGGGGGGCUGAAGGGAGGGAUGUGUGUGCUGCCAAUGGGUCCACCAGUGAUGAGGGACCAGACCCGGACCUUAUCUGCAGGAAUAGGACUGCUACCAACAUGAUGUACUUGCUGCUCAUUGGAGCACAGGUCCUCCUGGGCAUUGGUGCUACCCCUGUCCAGCCCCUGGGAGUUUCCUACAUUGAUGACCACGUGAGGCGUAAAGAUUCCUCCCUGUAUAUAGGGAUCCUCUUCACAAUGCUGGUAUUUGGACCAGCCUGUGGAUUUAUCUUGGGCUCAUUCUGUACCAAAAUCUAUGUGGAUGCUGUCUUCAUUGACACAAGUAAGCUGGACAUUACCCCGGAUGACCCUCGGUGGAUUGGUGCAUGGUGGGGAGGCUUCCUGCUGUGUGGUGCCUUACUCUUCUUCUCGUCCCUGCCGAUGUUCGGGUUUCCACAGUCCUUGCCACCACGGCCAGAGCACACUGGGGAAAGCGAGCAGGCCAUGCUUCCCGAGAGGGACUACGAGAGACCCAAGCCGAGCAACGGGGUCCUGCGGCACACGCUGGACGGGGAGAGCAGCACGACCUGCUUCCAGCAGCUGCGAGUGAUCCCCAAAGUAACUAAGCACUUGCUCUCCAAUCCUGUCUUCACCUGUAUCAUCCUGGCAGCCUGCAUGGAGAUUGCGGUGGUGGCCGGCUUCGCCGCCUUCCUUGGAAAGUACCUGGAGCAACAGUUCAACCUCACCACCUCAUCUGCCAACCAGCUCCUGGGGAUGACAGCAAUCCCAUGUGCAUGUCUGGGCAUAUUCCUGGGUGGCCUCUUGGUGAAGAAGCUCAGCCUGUCUGCUCUGGGAGCCAUCAGGAUGGCCAUGCUGGUGAACCUGGUGUCCACAGCUUGCUACGUGUCUUUCCUGUUCCUGGGAUGUGACACAGGACCUGUGGCAGGGGUUACUGUUCCCUAUGGAAACAACUCAACUCCAACCUCAUCUCUGGACCCAUAUUCCCCCUGCAAUAACAACUGUGAAUGCCAAACUGAUUCCUUCACUCCAGUCUGUGGGGCAGAUGGGGUCACAUACUUAUCUGCCUGCUUUGCUGGCUGCAGCAGCACGAACCUCAGUGGCUGUUCGUGCCUCACCUCAGUCCCAGCCGAAAAUGCCACCGUUGUUCCUGGCAAAUGCCCCAGUCCCGGCUGCGAAGAGGCCUUCUUGACAUUCCUCUGCGUGAUGUGUGUUUGCAGCAUGAUCGGGGCCAUGGCACAGACGCCUUCAGUCAUCAUACUCAUCAGAACCGUGAGCCCUGAACUCAAGUCUUACGCUUUGGGGGUGCUUUUCCUGCUUCUCCGUUUGCUAGGUUUUAUCCCACCUCCGCUGAUUUUUGGGGCUGGAAUUGACUCCACGUGUCUGUUUUGGAGCACGUUCUGUGGCGAGCAAGGAGCCUGUGCGCUGUACGACAACGUGGUAUAUAGAUACCUGUAUGUUAGUAUUGCUAUAGCCCUGAAGUCUUUUGCAUUCAUCUUAUAUACAACCACCUGGCAGUGCUUGAGGAAAAACUAUAAAAGAUACAUCAAGAACCACGAAGGUGGUCUCAGCACUAGUGAGUUUUUUGCCUCUACUCUCACCCUAGACAAUCUGGGGCGGGACUCGGUGCCCCAAAAUCAAUCACAUAGGACAAAAUUUAUCUAUAACCUUGAAGAUCAUGAGUGGUGUGAAAAUAUGGAGUCUGUUUUAUAGUGACUGUGGAGGAGUGAACUAUAUUAAUAAUACAAGGGUCCUUUUUAAUAAAAACAAGAAGAGAGCACGAAUGAAAAAACACAACUGCAAAACAACAAUGGCGACACAGGAAACUUUUGUCUUUUUCUCAAAGUCAGACCCAGCCAGGAUUCUUGAGAACAGCAUCUUCUAAUGGGAUCACUUGUGACAUCCUGCAGGGUGAUGGAGAAAGCAGGAAGCUGCUGUGGCUGGGUACCAGCCCCUUUGAUGACAGUACGAGCUUCCAAGAAGGGCAUCUGCAGAGUUCAUCAGAGAGCUCGGCAAACAGACAGGCUUGGGCAUGAGGCAUAGAAAGAGCAAGGUGAUAACAGCAAUGCUGGAAUAGGCGUUUGUGGUUGCAAAUGGGGUCCCAGGGGUACGUGGAGCCCCGCAGCGCGGGCUGAAGGGUUAGCCGGUCUGGGUGCUAUUCAAACCUGCUGCGCUUUGUGAUGGCAAAGAGGGAGCGGUGCUGGAGUUUUUCCACCAGUCAUACGCUGUCACCAGCCAUGAGUCCACGAUAAAUACCUUGAAAGCUGCUGGAAACCUUCCAGGUGGCGAGCAAUGCUGUCAGAGGUAUCCGAGUCCUUCCAGCCGAGGCUUAUUCGCAGAUUGCAGCUUUGUGGUUGUCUGUGAAUAGCUGUGCUCAGAUCUCUCAAACCCAGUAAAGUUCAAGACAUUUGCUCACACUUGCCAAAUGUGCUGUCAUUUUUAAAGGGGUUGAGUUCCAAAUACUUGUCUGUGUAGUCCUCUAAUAAGAUUUUUUUAAAACUUAUUUUCAAAUCUGUGUUAACCCUUAAAUCGCUGACACUUUUCCAUAGGGAGGAUUUAUUUAUGCUAGUUUGGGGAAGGAUCCUGUUUAAUUCACCCAAACAUAAUGUGACUCAAGGGGUUUGUUUAAUCCUCUGAUUUUUUAUCCAUACGCCUUCAUUCUAAUAUGCUACCAAGCCAAUGAAGACACCUAAUAUGUUUUUAAAAAAGAGAAUGAAUGCACUGUGUCUCUAUAAAAACAAUUGUCAGUUGGAGAAUUAUAGAUAAUAUGAUGAUUUACAUAAUAUAGUUUUUUCAUAUUCUAUGUGACUCAGUGAAUACAUAUAUAUAUAUAUGGAGAGGCUGUUUAUGUUCUCUCUAGUUUUUAAAGAUAUAUAAUUUGCAAUCUAGAAAUUGUGUGGUGGAUGUUUUCUUUAAAGUAAGCGUGUGUGUGUGUGUGUGUGUGUAUGUACAAGAUGAAAGGAAUACUGACCUUAACCCUGCAACCCUCACAACUGAUAUUUUUUCUCACCUGAGAAAUUCCACUGACUUCAGUGGAAGGCAUGUGAGGAAGAUGGAAUAACCUCCGGUCCUGGAGGCCACGUUUUGCCCUUAGAUGUGCAAAUAGUAUUCCUAUGGAAGGCUGGGUUAUCGGAGAAGAGGCUGGCCAGCGUUGAGCACCUCUGAAAUUUUCAUUCAGAUCCUCAAGAGGCACCCAUGCAGGAGUAGAUUUGGCUUUGCUUUUGCAAUGCAGUCUUAUCUAAGCCUGCAAAAAGCAUGGGGAAGCUUUCAUCUGAUUUCAAGAAGCAUGGGGUCAGGCUUAUUUUGCAUGCAUAUUUUUCUUUUCCAAAACAUUCCUGCUGGGAAGCAAUACAAAUUGGUUGUGUUUGAUGAGUUUUCCCCAGAAACCAGACCCAUUUCCAAUGGACUAAAUGUCAGAAGGGUUUUAAGGGUUAGCAUCAUAAUCAAAAAGCUCCUUUUUUUUGUUUGUAUUUUGAAGCUGUUGUGAACUUGCAGAUGUUUAGAGGAGUCAUCUGGUAUGUUGAACCGAAUGCUGGACAUCACUUCCAUGCAGCCGGUGGAGGGGCUGAUCCUCCCCAAGUCCUUGUCCAUUGCUGGCAGUGGACACCCCAGAGUUGGCACAAUUACAGAGGGUUGAUAACUUGCCACUCAUGUUCAACACCUUUUCAGCAGACUUUGCUCUUAUCUAGGAAUUGAAACAUGGGUGUGGUGUAUCAGACUGCUUCCACUUGACUGACUUUACAUGUGUGUCUGUAAUUUAUGCACAGCAUUAUAUGUUCAGCAACAAUAAGGGCAAAAAAAAAGGGUGUAUCGAAUAAACUCCACUGUGCCAAAUACUUAACAAAUACUGUAACUGCAGAUAUUUGAUUCUUGGUUUUCAGCCAUGUUAAGAAUCACUUGAUUAAUGAAGGAGUUUAAGGAAAAAAAGUUAUUAAGCUAUGCAGUGCCAUUGUUAUGUUGGGUGGUAAAUGAUGCUUUUUAGACCAUUAGGUUGGUUUAGCAUAUCCUGUCUGCUAAAAUAGAGAUACUGCAUCCAUAAAACAAUGAAUCUAAAAAAGGUACAGGGUACAUAACUGUCUCAUAAAAUAUGUAUAAUUGUCAAGUAUAAGCCUUUGAAAUCAUUCUGUACAGUUCUCUUCAUUCUGCAAAUUUAUUACUUAGACUGCUGUCUUUUCAAAUGUUAGCUCAUAAUUUUAUACUAUACACACACAUUCAGACUCGAACACAAAUGUCAUAGAAUAGAACCUUUCUAAAAGCCUGAUUGCUUGAAAUUCUAUAACCCCUUUCACAAUUUCAUUUUUUUUCCCCCUCUGAAGGUCCAAGGUGAAGGAGAAUAGCAUGCUGACAUGAUGCAAAACAAACUCUCAGUGUUCAAGAGCUGUGGUUUGUCAGUACAGUCAAAAGUCCCCCUUGACCAGAGUUAUAGAAACAGGAUUCCAGGGCACUUAACAUUUUCAUUUUUGUUUUGGGGUUGUUUUUUUUUCAUUUAAUCUCCUCUCUUGGUAUGUAUAGGAGACACAGUUGAAUGGGGUUACUUACAUUAUUUUUAAGCUGUAACUUAAAAUUCCUGCAUGAUUGUUGUUUUUUAGUUCUUUUGAUAAUGUGACUUUUGAAAAGGUCUCUCCCCAUCCCACUCUUUUGGUUUUUUUAAGGGUGUAUCAGAUGCCUGCAUCAUGAAGGGCUUUACUGUCAGUGCUUUGGUACAAAUUCAAGAACAGAGCUUUAGUUUAAAGACAACACACAGACCAAAACCUUCAUCCGUCCCAGCAGGCUCUUUGUUUUUUCUGAUUUCUGAACCACAAGCCAGUUUUGCCUGUGACCCAAUUUUUGUUAUAGAAUAACAAAUGAAGAGUCUCAGACAUCCUCCCACUUCCCAAAUUGCAGUAUGGGCUUUUGCCUGUCAGCACUUCGCUUCCAUCCCGCAGCUGCCUUAACCGUGCAGGAAACUUAAGAACAAGGAUGGAGUUAGAAGAAUGCCCAUUCCUGGGAACAGAAAUAAGGGUAUGGUCCGAGCUGUGCAGUCCAGAUCCAAUGUUGGAAAUUUUUUUCUCCAUAUUCAGGGGCAUUGAAAUUCAGGGUUUUGUUGAGACCUCAGUCUCAGCAGAAGUGUUAUUUUGACAUUUCCAAGCACUGUGUUCCCUGCAUGGCUGUCUGCUAAGGAAUGGGAUGUUUGAAAAAAUAAACUAGUUGAGAUUUAGCAGUCUCUAUGGGAUUGUCCAGUUGCCUUGCAUGACUUCAGGUUGGGGUUUCCUUUCCCUUGCACAGAUACCACCUUGGCAUAGCCCCAGUGGAAUCAAAAGGAGACCCCAGUCUAAAAUUGGUGCAGAUGACACUAGAAUCCAUUUCUUUGCAUCCUUGUUAACAAGGGGAUGCAUUUUCAGAACCUUCUUUUUAUACAUAUUGAAAUCAUACAUUUUUCUGACUUUGCCCAGCACAUCUUGGAUGUAUGGUGGGACCGAAAAGGCCAUCACUUGAAUUAUCUAGACAAACCUUCCAUUCCUUGGGAAUUCAACUAAUAGGGCCCUCAUACUGCCAUACCCCUAUGAGAUGCACUGAACUACUCAGUGCUGCUACUAUUAAUCUCAGUUGGGUCUCACCUUGCUGGGAAGGUGAAAAGGGAAAGUUGCAGAGCGGAAUUAGCGUCAAUUAGCUGAGUUAGCUAUGCUUCAGAAUGCUUCAGAAUUGAACUGAUGGACUGCAGACAUUUGGAAAAUGAUUGGAGUAUUUCCAAAUGGCUGAGAUGCAUUGGCAUUUUUUUCCUGAAAAAAAAAAUUAAAAAACUAAGGGAAUGAAUGAGAUUUGGAGUCCCUCCUAUGCCCAUCAGAGUUUUAUGUUCAUCACAUUGCUGUUGGAUGCAAUGUACUUCAGGUUUCCCUUUGUGUCUCAGUCAGACACAUAUUUUUUCUCAGUAAAUGAGGUCCUGGGAGACAGAAAAGCAACUCCAUCUCAUAACAGCAGUUCCACUCUGCAGCAAACUCAAGACAACCUGAAGGCUACCAGCACUGUGAAGCUUUAGCCCCUGAGUCGGCCACAGCUGUUGCUGCCAUGUGAGAGUUUCUCACACCUGGGUGUGUUGGGCUUAGUAUUUUCUUAAGACUUGGACAAUCUUGGUGUGAUGUUUGUUUUAUUCUUGGCAGGUGACAUGGGGAAUUGUCAGUGUUAAAGACAUAUGCAAAUGCUUCACUGGACUGAUGUGGUAACAGCUUUUUUCCUUUAUUCACAAGGGUUUCCAGACUUAUUCUGACUCUGCCUUUAGACAUAGCCAUGCUUAUCUGUCCCCCUAAUUUCACAUGAGCUAUCUUUGCAGACAGAAGCAAGUUUGUUGUUGAUCUCUCUCUGGAUCUGCUUAACGCCUGCAAAGUUCACAGGCUUUCUGUGCGUAGGGCAGAGCACCCCUGAAUAUAAGCAAUAAUACUGACCUGUUCCCAUUUGCAUUAGGAGUUUUUGCUUUUCUUACCUAAAUCUGAGUUCACCUCUCCCAACAUCCCAUGCUGCUGCUGUGACUCGCCUUUUUUGUUGGCGACAACUUCAGGAGACUGAAUAUUCUCCUUUCCUUCCAACAUGACACCCUCCUGUCCCCACAAGGCAGCCAAGAUACAACUGGUGUGAAUGUAGGCAGUGGUUUAUUAAGAUGGGCAAUCGUGUGAUGGGAGCCUUUGGCAUGAGCCAGGCUCAGCUUUGGUUAUCUGAUGGUUGAGAUUGAUCCAAGGAGGAAAGGAACAACCAGGGCAUUGAGGCUGAGCCUCCUGGAGUCUCUGCAAGGAUUAUCCACCCUUCAGUGCUGCUGGAUAGACCUACCUGCCUUACCUCCCUGAAACCCAUGGUUUGUGGGCAUUUCUUCAGAACUGACCAUCAGCUUCCUUUCUCCAGCCACAGUUCUUCCUUCCUCCUGAUGGCAAAGCACAGCUCGGCUCUACCAAGUCUAUAUGAGGUGUUUGGAGUUACUGACUGGCUUUUAAAUUUGCCUGGGAUGCCAGCAGGUCUCACUUAGUAUUACAUAUGCUCAAAAUAUUAUAGUUUGUUCUGCUUUUAUACACGAAAUCUAUUACUUCUAGGCUGCAAAUGAUGUUUUCUAUCAUUCCAUUGACAUUUCUAGCCAAUCUGAGUCUUAAUACAAUUGCUUCACUGAAAAAUGGCCUUUCAGCAAUUCUUAGACAUUAGGUACUUCUUUAUUAACUAGUCAUGCCAAGUAAAAUCUUUGGGCAUUUUCUGUUCCCUGAAUCCAGUGGAUCAGAAGGAGGCUCUGUCUCCUCAGAAGCAAUACCGGUGUUCUCUUCAGGGUAUGAACAAGGACCACUUUCAGCUUCAGUCUUGCCACAGCUGCUCUGCUAUGAGCAUCCCACUGUCCUGAGAGGACAGAGGGGAUUCAGGAGAAGCCACAUGGACAGAGGAAUCCAUUUAGAUGGCUGCAAGAGUAGGACCAUAGGAUGUAUGUAGCAUAUAUGCUGUUUAGCUUGUCAAAACCUUGCUUCAGCCUCUAUUUGUCUGAUGAAUGGAGUGACUCCAGGGAUGGGGUCUUUGGGAUACUAUGAGUUUGCAAUGUUUCCCCCACUUUCUUCAGCUCAAGUGUGGCAGAGCAGUGUCUCACACAUUAGGAAGGAAAAGAUUAGCAAUACCCUGACAGUUUGUAGUGCUGGGCUUGUUCUACAGGAAGUUGGUGUCUGCAAAUGGCAGAGAGCAAUAAGAAACUUGUCAAGUCCCACUCAGCAAAUAAUUUUUAGCAAGUUCAUUAAUGAAUUUCCCUUUUUAUUUCUUCUUUGCGAAUUGCUGAGAAAACCAAGAAAAUGCCUCCAGUGUAUUUGCAAGGUCAUUUCUGCAUAUCACCUGUGGCCUGGAGGGGUUUGGAAAAGCUUGCUUAUAAUUCAUACAUGUUGGUUUGUUCUGACUGGACAUAGAAAUUAUGGGGGAUAUUUCUACUCCCCGAGUUCCCUAGGCUGGAAUUUUCUCAUCAGUACAAAUAUUUAGUUCAAAAGUAUGUGAUUAGGAAUUGAGUAAGAGGAUCUUUGCUCAAUGCCAAUGGGCAGAGUACCACUGGACAUACACUGCUCCAGGACGGCCAAAGUGCUGGCUUCCAACUCACAAUCCACUUUCCAGGAAUAUUCUCUCACAGAUGCUUGAAAUUAUCUGCCUCUCCCAGUGUUUCUACCAGUUAAUGCAUUCAUGUCAGUAAUUACUGAGAGCAAACACGAGAAGGGUAUGAACCCAGACAAAACCAAAUUGGUAUUAAGGUGAAGCAGGUGGUGCAAAUUUUAUUUGUGAUGUUUGCACAGCUUUUAGAUCAGAAGCAAAAAUCUCUUGGAAAUUGGAGAGUCGCAUAUGGCCUAACAUAUCUUAGUUCUUCCCAAUUGAAUUGCCAGUUGGUAGGACAGCAAAAAGCAUCUUUCCCUGCCAUGUAUAUCUUAGCCCUUCAAAACCCUUUUCUUUUGCAGUAUGGCAUCGCACAAAUAUCAGUGCAUUUACACCUCAAUGUAAACUGCAUCUCAGUGCUAUGUUUUCGGUGCCUCACAAUUCUAACUGUGUGAACUUGAAAGGAAGAAAUGACCCCUGUUCUUCGCCCACAAUGCUUUCUGCCUGAUUGGAGGAUGAUGAUCUCUCUUGAAGACUCACAGCCGUUUUCCUAAAGUCUUAUGUGCAGUGGGACCAAAACUGUGCUCUGUUGAUCGCAGGUGGCCUAUAAGCUGUGCUCAGAGGUCUGUAGCUUGUCUACAGCCCACAUUGCCUUCACAAUGUUUUCAAUGCAAAGCAUGGUGAUGAGGCUAUGCGUAACUGGCCCUGACAAAUGUUAAGGGUUGCCAGUGGUCUAUGGCCACCAAAGUUUGGGAUUCUCCAUGUUAGCACAUGAAAGCAGCUCCCAUCAUCUACUUUUGGGAAGGAGCCAUCUCAGAGCAGGGUUCAGUGGAAAACUGCAGCAGUGCUGGGACCACCCAAAAGGGAGCUCUUGGUUCGCUUUGGUACCAUGUCCAUAGGGAGGAGCGGCGGGGAUGGGAGCAGGGGAAGAGCUGUGACCUUUUAAAACCCAUAGUGCCUACCACUGCAAAUGGAACGCUGUAUUGUAUUAUAUUAUACGUGACUACCAUGUAAAUAAAGUACAAUAAAUGUGGUGUUCGUUAGGAUUUUGAUACAAGUCAAAUGCAGUCUGCGGAAAUGUUUUUUUCCCUGUUGUAUGUACUUCCAUCACAUUCCAGGCAUGGGGACAUUUGGGGUCGUGUGAGCUAGAAAUCCAUAAAUGGCAUUAGAUGGAAAAUGUUUGCAAUAAGAAAAUGUUAAAAUUCCUUUUGUUGUGUAUAGAUGAGACAUAAGCACCAUAUGAAAACCAGCCAGAGUGGAGGGAGUGGGGGCAGAUUAAAUCUGCAGGAGGGGAACAGCUCUUGACUUGACGUGGUUUGUGAGCAGAAGUGACAGUGCUGCCCAGUCAGUCCUUGGCAAUGCUUUAUUCAUGAUGGAGGAAAAGCAAAGUUUUAGUUUGGAUGAUUUCUCUUUGCUUGUUUUCCUGAUAAAGAGGUUGAUCAGGAGCAUAUGCCUUGCCUCUGUAACCUGGUUAUUCUCCACCCUUGAGAUCCCUUAGCAGCAGCUACAGCUGAGCAAACUUGAGAGCUUAGAAUUCAAAGCAGAUUGGGAAAGAAGUUAUCCUGUUCUUACCUCAACCAGCUGGCCCCUCUGUGGCUCUGGCAAACAUUGAGGGGCUUUUUUUUUUUUUUUUUUGUCUAAUAAGAAUAUUAGGAACUUACUUUGUUCCUUAACCCACUCCCUUCUCCAUCCUCAUGUUUCUCCAUGGUGUAAUAACAGAAUUAACACAUUUCAGCAAGGCAGGUCUGCCACAUGCCCUCCAAAUCCUGAUGCAUCUUUUAACUAGGUUCUUGGUGAGACUUUCCUCCAGUCUUCAGAAGCUCAGGAAUUCUCUGGCAAGUGUUUGCAGCUGGUGUGCAGAUGUAAUCUUCCAUUGGUGUGUGGAGGGUGCUUCCACAUUGAUUGUCUUGUUGGAGGAACAAGACCACCCCAUGCAGUUUAUCACACCUAUGGCUCAAAACUCCCUCCCAGAGCUCUCUGUAGGGUCCACAAUAUUGGAGGGGUACCUACCUGCCUCCAUACCAGACCAGUCAGUGAUGUUUGUCCCUCAUACCAUUGCUGUUCUUCGUAGUCACCUGGGCAGAGCAGCAUUUGUGGGUGGUUGUAUGUGAAGAAGGUUAUUCCUGCGCAGGACAUCUCCACAGAUGGUCUGUAGCAGCGUGCCUGGGACCUAGAGGAGCCCAGGUGCCUCUCCCCUGCCUCAGGCUGUAGGUUGGUCUUUUCCUACAGUGCCCAAGGGAAAGUGGUUCUCGGAAAGGUCUUUGAAGUGUGCUGGUUUGACUGCUGGUAAUUUUGCAGAUGCUUAGCAGCACUUCCAAAAUAAACCGAAACCUGGUUUGGAAAAGGAAAUGUUUCACUGUACAAUUGAUUUAAAAAAAAAAAAAAAAAAGAGAAACCACAUGCUCGAUAUAUUUUGAGUACUGUGUUCUGUAUUUUUGCAGCUUAUAUUUUCCAGAUGAGCAGUUUAGAAAUAUGUGAUGUGAAAUACAUACUGUAAGUUUGCUGUAAAUGAUAUUAAAAACACUAUUUUCAUUCUUC